AUGGCUCCCAACUUCAAAAAGGUGAAGGUGUUCGGGAAGCGGAAGUUCCACAACCCUGUGCCGCUCAACACCGAGGACCCUGAUCAGCCCGAUCUGGAGUCGGGCCAGUUCCUAGGGGGCCGCACCAACCCCUCGCCAGGGAUACCGGAGGUGGGAAGCUCUUCCGCAACUGCCACCAAUGGCAGCGAAAACCCUUAUAUGGACGAAUACAGCGCCCUGGUCCGCUUCGUCGACACCUACAGGGAUCCCAACGCGGACGAGGGCGAGGAGGACUUUGAGGACGAGGCGGUCAAGUCGGCCCCAUGGUGGGCAUUCUGGAAGCCCAAGGGGGCCACUCGGUCCCUUUCCGACUUCCAGACGCCCGGCGACUGGCUCAAGACCGACCUUAGGGGCGGCCUGGACAGCCUCGAGGUCGAGAGGCGGCGAAAGUACUCUGGCUGGAACGAGUUGACGACCGAGAAGGAGAACAUGGUCCUCAAGUUCUUCGGGUUCUUUCGCGGUCCCAUCCUCUAUGUCAUGGAGGCCGCUGCUAUCCUGGCUUUUGCUCUUAGGGAUUGGCUCGAUGCCGGCAUCAUCAUCGGCAUCCUGCUCCUCAACGCCGUUGUGGGUUGGUAUCAGGAGAAGCAGGCGGCUGACGUCGUCGCGUCCCUCAAGGGAGACAUCGCCAUGAAGGCCCGAGUGAUUCGCAACGGCAGCGAGCAGGACAUCAAGGCCAGGGAGCUGGUUCCCGGAGAUAUCAUCAUCAUCGAGGAGGGCCACGUCGUCCCUGGCGACGCCCGUCUGAUCUGCGACUAUGAACGUCCGCAGGAAGGGUUCGCACAGUACCAGGCCGAGCUGCAGGCCCAGGAUGUCUCCAGCCCCAGGGGCGAAAAGUUUGACGACGAAGACGAGGAGGGCACCCCUCACACCGGCCACGCCAUUGUUGCCAUUGACCAGUCUGCCAUGACCGGAGAGUCGCUGGCUGUCGACAAGUUCAUGACCGACACCGUCUACUACACUACUGGUUGCAAGCGCGGAAAGGCCUUUGCCAUCGUCACUCAUGGCGCCCAGGCUUCCUUCGUCGGCAAGACGGCAUCCCUGGUCCAGGGCGCCCAGGACCAGGGUCACUUCAAAGCCAUCAUGAACUCCAUCGGAUCCUCACUGCUGGUCCUUGUCGUGUUCUUCAUCCUGGCAUCCUGGAUCGGAGGUUUCUACCGCCAUCUCGCCAUCGCCUACCCCGAGAACAGCUCCAACAACUUGCUUCACUACGUGCUGAUCCUCCUCAUUAUUGGAGUUCCGGUCGGUCUGCCCGUCGUGACCACGACGACUCUUGCAGUUGGCGCCGCCUACCUGGCCAAGGAGAAGGCCAUCGUUCAGAAGCUCACGGCGAUCGAGUCGCUUGCUGGCGUCGACAUUCUCUGUUCGGACAAGACUGGAACCCUCACCGCCAAUCAGCUGUCGGUCCGCGAACCCUUCGUCAUGGAGGGUGUCGAUCUUAACUGGAUGAUGGCCGUGGCCGCCCUCGCGUCCAGCCACAACAUCAAGUCCCUCGACCCCAUCGACAAGAUCACCAUCCUGACCCUCAAGCGCUACCCCAAGGCCAAGGAGAUGCUUGCCGAGGGCUGGAAGACGGAAAAGUUCAUCCCCUUCGACCCCGUCUCCAAGCGCAUCACUGCCGUGUGCACCUAUAAGGGGGUCAAGUACACGUGCGCCAAGGGAGCCCCCAAGGCGAUUCUCGCUCUCAGCUCGUGCACUGAGCAACAGGAGAAACUCUUCAAGGAGAAGGCUACCGAGUUUGCCCGUCGCGGUUUCCGUUCGCUGGCAGUUGCCGUGCAGGAGGGUGAUGGCCCCUGGGAGCUCCUCGGCAUGCUGUCCCUGUUCGACCCGCCGCGAGAGGACACUGCGCAGACCAUCGCCGAGGCACAAGCCCUCGGUCUCUCGGUCAAGAUGCUGACGGGUGACGCCAUCGCCAUCGCCAAGGAGACUUGCCGCAUGCUUGCUCUGGGAACCAAGGUCUACAACUCGGAUAAGCUGCUCCACAGCGACAUGGCUGGCAGCGCCAUCCACGACCUUUGCGAGCGGGCCGAUGGCUUCGCCGAGGUGUUCCCCGAGCACAAGUAUCAGGUCGUCGAGAUGCUCCAGCAACGCGGCCACCUGACAGCCAUGACGGGAGAUGGUGUCAACGAUGCUCCGUCUCUGAAGAAGUCCGACUGCGGCAUCGCUGUUGAAGGCGCGACCGAGGCUGCCCAAGCCGCCGCUGACAUCGUUUUCCUCGCCCCCGGCCUCAGCACCAUCGUUUCGGCCAUCAAGAUCUCGAGGCAGAUCUUCCAGCGCAUGAAAGCAUACAUCCAGUACCGCAUCGCUCUCUGCCUGCACCUGGAGCUGUACCUGGUCAGCUCCAUGAUCAUCAUCAACGAGACGAUCCGCGCCGAUCUUAUUGUGUUCCUGGCCCUGUUUGCGGAUCUGGCGACCAUCGCGGUGGCCUACGACAAUGCGCACUACGAGCACCGCCCUGUGGAGUGGCAACUGCCCAAGAUCUGGAUCAUCAGCGUGGUGCUGGGCACGCUCCUGGCGAUUGGCACCUGGAUCCUGCGUGGAACCAUGUGGCUCGAGAACGGCGGCAUCAUCCAGCACUACGGAGGAAUUCAGGAAAUUCUGUUCCUCGAGGUCUCGCUCACGGAGAACUGGCUCAUCUUUGUGACGCGCGGGUUCAACACUUUCCCGUCCUGGAAGCUGGUUGGAGCAAUCUUUGUGGUGGACAUCCUCGCGACCGUCUUUGCGCUCCUCGGCUGGUUCUCGGGCGGCAUGGGCGAGGUGAUGCCGGUGACCAACGCUAGCGAGAACGGAGCGGUCGAUAUCGUCACCGUCGUCCUUGUAUGGGGUUACUCCAUCACCGUCACCAUCGUUAUCGGCAUCGUCUACUACGUGAUGACGGGCUGGAAGCGCCUUGACGACCUCGGCCGCAAGAAGCGCUCGGCCUCGGACACCAUGAUCGAGAACAUCCUGACCCAUCUCAGCAAGGUCUCGGUCGAGCACGAGCAGGAUGACAAGGGUGGAAAGCGCUACUACCUUGCUACCAAGCAGGUUGAGGAGGACGACGAGUAAGGAGAAGGCGAGGAGCAGGGAGACGGACUGGACUUACCCAGCUUCUUUCAGCAAACAAACAGUUUGCGGAACGGCUCGGCACUUGCCACAUCGGUUCGAUAGAUAUAUACCCCAUGGCGCUGGUCGAUGUUUUUUUUUCCCGUUAUAAGGUAGUGUUUUUAUUCCCUUUGUAUUUUUUCUUUCUUUCCUCUUUUUCUUCUUCUUUUUUUUCGGCUGUCACGGAUUGGAAAGGAUGCAGGUGGACGGUUUUCAUUUCUCUGGCGCUUGACAACGAAUCAGGUCGUUGGGUUUGGCUUUCGUAGGCAGGCAGGAAAAGGUUGAUACACGACAUCUACAAAGACCUACAUCUACUACAAAUCCCCUCACUGCAUGGCACAUCGAAUCUGACGGAAUGGCGCUGGAGUCUCGAGCGUUGCAUGCAUUGUUUG